CAGAUUAUUAACUUGAGGGAACAAUUUAUUAUUAUUAUUUGAAUGUUGUUCAAUAAAUAUGUGACAGUACAUUUUUUUGUUCUUGUUUAGAUCUUAUUUCCUGAACUGAACUUGUUUUCUGCAGCACUGUUGCCCUGCUCCACCUUCCUCUCAGCAUUUCCAUGGGAACGGCCCUCUAAAUGCUGCUGAAUACUCUAAAGCCGAGGGGGCAGGAGCCGUUUGGCCGGUGAUCUUCAACCAUUGUCAAGGCCACAUCUAAACUCUAGUUUGUCUUCUCCAACAAAGGUUUGAAAUCUCUCUGAUCUUGUUUUCAAUCCGCAUCCCAAGCUGCCAGGAAGUGACCCGUUUGUCUUCACACUGGGCUUCUUAGAAUAAAGAAUCGUUUUUUAUUCACUUCUUGCAGCAUUUUUCUGUCCUAAAAGUCACCCAACAGCCACACCACUAAACCUUUACGUGGUUCAGGUCAGGUUAAAUUCUCACCUGUCCCCUCUGUGUUCUCCCCUCUGGGCAGUUUAGGCCACACCCUCCCCGUGAUGGCCAAUCAAGUUCAAGACUCGGACCUCUGCAGGACGGAGCCCUGUGGUUCUUGACUCGACUGAGUGGCUUUCCUGAGGAUAAGAAGACAUGCACAGCAUCUCUGACUUCAGCCUGAAUGCCAGCAUGCCUUUAUCCCAGUCAACAGCUCAGACCUACCUGCAGGGAUCCAUCAAGGUGACGCUGGAGAACGCAGAACUCUGGAAGUCUUUCCACGACAUUGGGACUGAGAUGGUCAUUACAAAGCAUGGCAGGAGAAUGUUUCCACAUUGCAGCAUCGCUCUGUCAGGACUUCAGCCUUUGGCCAAUUACGUCUUGAUGGUGGACAUGAUUCCAGUGGACGGCUGCAAGUACAAGGUACUGUCCUUCUUCUCUGUCUUUGGAUUAAAAACGAGGCUGAAUCUAAAAGCCAGACGCUGCUCUGCCCACUCCAACUGCUGCAUAUCAAAGCUUUUUACUGCUUCCUGUUUGUGCACUCCCAGCUGGAAGCCCAAUCAAUUAGCAUCCCAAAUGAGAAGGGACGCUAUCAGUCGGUCGUCGUGCUCUCACCACCAUUUGGUCACUUGAGAGAACAAAAAUGAUGAGUUGGAGCUCUGAUUGGCUGAUUUAAAUGUGGGGAGCAAAAUCCCCAAAUACACAACUUUUUUUUUUUUUUUUUUGCUGAGUCAGCAAUCUAAUUGCAGGAAAGGGGGGUUGAAGAUCUCACAUAUCCUGAGCUCUCACACUUGGUAACAGUGCUUGUAUUCCUCCCCCCCUCUCCGUCUCUCUGUAGUGGAAGAAGGAGCAGUGGGAGGUCGCCGGGACGGCAGAGCCCCAGCCCCCAUGUCGGACAUACACCCACCCGGACUCCCCAGCGCCGGGGAGGCACUGGAUGAAACAGCCUCUGUCCUUCCUCAAAAUGAAGCUCACCAACAACACUUUGGACCAGCACGGCCAUGCAAGUCACUAAAAAAACACAAAUUCAUGUUUUGUAGAUAUUGUUUUAAAGGGUAACCAAACAGGGAAGUUGGAGGCUGACUCUGCCUACAGCUGAAAUUUGAAAUAGGGGUGGGGUGGACAACAACUCUUCUCAUUACUGGAGCUAUAGAUCAUGACGUGGGAUUUAAAUGGUUUGACCAAUCACAAAAUUCAACUGUAAUACUUUGUUUUAACCUGUAGGGGGCAGCAUACAGACGGUUUUUGACUAGAAUUAAACAACUUUCUUGCAAAUCGUCGAAAAUUUGGCAAUGACCAACAGACAGCACUUUUAAAGCCCCAUUUAUAGAGGUCAAGAGAAAAACAAAGUUGAUUUGGGGUUUGGUUACCCUUUAAUGUCUGCUUUGUUGUUUUGAGCAGAUUAUCCUUCACUCCAUGCAUCGCUACUACCCACGAUUCCAUGUGAUCCAGGCGGACAGCUCCUUCACCGUCCGCUGGGGAUCUUUCCAGACCUUCUCUUUCCCAGAAACCGUUUUCACUGCAGUCACUGCUUACCAAAACCCAAAGGUAAAAAUAGAAAAUAAAAACAAAAGUGUAAAAUCCAGCUCUCCUGCAAAUCUUCGCUUUCUUUUAGAUCACAAAACUGAAGAUCGACCACAACCCGUUUGCUAAAGGUUUCAGGGAAGGAGGCACCCACUAUCACAGCAAAAGGUAAAAAAAUUAAAAAAAAAAGUCAAACCAACCUUAUUUAAAAAGUACAGACAGGCUUUGAAUGCAUCUUCAGGUGUCGCCCGAGCAAAAGAAGUUCACGAAAGAACGUUGGGAGCACAGGUGACCAGUCGUCCUCAGUUUGUCCCAUAAACCAGAAGAUGGGUUCUAAGACGUGUUUCCCUGUUAGGCCUGGAGAGGGCGCCCUCUGCCUCCCACUCUGUGGCAAAAGAAAACCAUCAGCAGCCACUGAAGGAGGGCCACUGUUCAGCGUCGGUUGUGGAGCAGGAGUCAUCAGACGGCGUGCACGGCGAGCCCCUGGAGCUGCAGGAGUACGAGUACGGCUGUGAGGAGCAGCGGGUUCCUGCGUACGCUGCAUUCCAGCCCAACAGGUCUGCAUAGAAAACUACAUCUUUUUGACACAAAAAAGCUGAGCUACUAUUUUUUUUUUUUUUUAUCUCUCCAGACCGGCUGAGUUGGAUCGAUUCCAACUCCCAUCCGCUGACAAGGCCCAAACACAGAGUGUCUAUCCUCCUCCUCCUCCUCCUCUUCAUCCACCCUUCUCCUUAGAGCAGGGCUACCAGCACCACAGCAUGCAGGACUGGAGCCAGUACCCGCUCUUCUCCUACUCCUCUUGGUGAACUUCCUCGCUGGGUGGAAUGAGAAAACAUGGAUUAAACAUUCAAGCUGUCGAGGACACUUGAGAGAAAUCCUUCCAUCUCCAACAGAAAUUGGUUUCAUUUCCCGCUCUAUAUUUUUAUUACAUCACAUCUGGAAAACGAAGAAGAAAUAUUAAAGUUUGUAUUAUUGGGCAGAAAGGAUGCUCAUGUAUGUCUCAGAGAAACACUUCAAUAAAACACUACUGUCUGUGAAAACCGA